GAUGGUCAUUAGGUGCUGAGAUUAUUGUUUAUUUAAAAUAACUUGGAAAUAUGACAUUAGAAGAAACACUAAGAGAAACUUGUUCCAAUUUGAUAUCUGUACGUGCUACAGACAGAAAAAAAAAUGCAGAAAAACUCAAGGAUUUUCUCACUAGAAAUGCUGUGCCUUCUUUACUUACUAGUAACACUUUAAAGAAGUCUGGAUAUACAUGGAACCAUGUUUUUGAUGACAUAAAUGAUUAUAUUAUGAAGGAGACAGAAAAGUUUGAAUCACAAAAAAGUUUUAAUACUGUUACUGGCCCUUUAUGUACAAGUCUAAUACAUUUAUGUGUCUCAGGAGCUAAUAAAGGUCAUGCGUAUAUAAAAUGUGAAAAGAUAACUGAGGCUUGUUUAAAUAUAUUAAAUGACAGCCGCUUAACUAGAGCAAUUGGAGAUGCCUAUUUAAACUUGCUCUACAAAUAUGUCUUUCCAAAUGACUAUUAUCCAGGAUAUAUAUCGCCGUCUACUUGGGAAAGUUUUUUGGAUGUUUGCAUAACAGCAUGUCUCACAGACACUUCGCAAUUGGACAAUUUAAUAAAAAUAAGAUUGUUAUUGUCUGUGAUAAAAACAGCUAGCAGUUGUUGUCAGUUUGCUACUCCUUUGCGGGACUCUUUGCCAAGACUAAAAAAAUGCUGCCUUCGAAUGUUUAAUGACAAAAAAGUACAAGAGUUUGUAAUAGAAAUUGUUAUAUUGCUCCUACAAUCGCUCUCCUUAGAAAGUCGUUUAACAAUGUGCGAAUUCAGCGAAAUGAUUUUACCGAAGAUAUUUAAAUUUUAUGAAAAUAGCUUGGAAAGAAAAAAGAAGUCUCUAUUUUUUAAGUUGUUAAAAAUGACGAUUGUUAUUCAUCACCCAUUAGGAAGAGUACAAAAUACAAAUUGUGCGCUUGCGUUUAACUGGAUUACAUGGAACAAACAUUUAAAUUGUAUCUUAGAAAUUGUAUGGCUUGAAAUAAAUUUUAUUCAAAAAUCAAAAAUUACCAGUGAAAAUAUAAUGAUAAAUUGCAAUUACUUUUAUUAUACAGCGGCAUCAGUUUUCUAUCAGAUAUUUCAUUUUGUAGAAGAAGAUACAGAAGAGGAUACUGGCAAUUCGGCAAAAAAAAUAAAAUUAUCUUUUAACAAAAGCAAAUCUUUCUCCGAUCUAGUGGAUGAAUUGCGACUUAACUCUGUACCUUGGAUCGGCAUUUUGUGUACCUACGCGAAACAUUUUAACUCCUCAAUAUCCAGUGAACAAUACGUAAUGUUGUUGAGUUUGCUGGAAAAUUUAGCGUCUACUAAUAAAGAUGUUAAUUGGGAGUAUUUUGAAGAUCUUACUUGGACAGCAAUUAAAUAUUUGAUACCGACUCCAGAUUGUAUACAGAACCAUCUUGAGCUACUUACAAUUUUGUGGAAUACUUGCAUAAGAAAUGCUACAGUAACCAAUGCGUCACAUAAAGCUAUGCACACAAUUAUUCAAGUUAUAUUAAGCUUAGUUCCAUUAAAAUAUCAGAAUGUACAGCCUUUAGUGGUACUGUAUCUAGAAAAGGGAAUGCCAGUGAAUGAUUACAGCUUGAAAACGUUAAAUAUAUGUUUUUAUAAAUUUUAUAGAAAAUUUUGUGAUCUAGAUGUAAGAAAAAAAUGUUUUACUUGGCUCGCAUCCGAGAACAUGGCGACACUUGAUAAUGCGGUUCUCAGAGAGUUUUUGAUUAGGUUAAUAUGUAACGAGAAUUUCCCUACGAAACAGUUAUGUGAUAUUCAAUCAGAACUUGAAGUUUAUGAUGAUAUAUUUUUUGAUAUAGAAAGAGGUAUAUUAUAUAGUGAUUUCGAGAAUAUUGAAACAAAACAGCCGACCGUUACUAAUAUAAAGGCAAAUGAAAACCUUGAAAUAAACAAUGAAAUGUACAAUAUCAUACUUACACAUUUAGAGCAAGAGCUGUCCAAAAUUCUUCAAAAGUUUAUAGAUGGUGAUGUAAAAUGUAUAGAAUUUGUAAAAAAUGUGACUCAACUAACAGUUUUCCUGGAUUCACUAUUAAAAAACAAGUUAAAGUCAAGUGAUGAUGUAAAAAUAAUGUCAGUGUAUUCAGUGUUUAAAAAUUGUUUGAAACACAUGUAUGCUGCCUUGACAAAAACAUUGAAAUCCGACGUACUAAUUCGAGAUAAAGUCAUGCUCUUAAAAUGCCUGCAAGAGAUUUUACUUUAUGAAUAUGAUCGAUUACUGGUUACUGAAAUUCGAAGACAUAUCGAUGGAGACUGUUUUCAUUGUAUCUAUGAUAUCAUAAAGCGGGACAUAGAAUCCGAAGAUGACACUUGCUAUGAAACUGACAUAGACUACAGUUUGAUUGGCCUGAAACAAAACUGUAUAUAUCUGCUCGCAGCGUACUGUAGGAAGCAGAGUGUCUACACCGAUGAGAUCUCUAAGUGUAUUCUCGAACAGGACUUGUACAACUUUACUUCUGAGUUUGAAAUCGAUUGUGCCUUUCGAUGUAUUAUGAUACUAAACGACGUCACAGUUGAGCAACAGCCUUUAGAAUUAAUAUUUAAUUUAAUGCAAGUAAUGUGCAGGGAUUUGUUUAGAAAUCCUAAAGCAACUUGUGACUUACUUAAGAUACUUGAUCGAAUGCUUGAACAGAUUUGGUCUCAAGAUGAUGAGGUGUUGCGACAAAAUUGUCUCAUUAUGAUAAAAGGAUAUCUUCAAAGAUGUUCGAAAAUGCCACCAGCCGUUACAGCUUUGGUAUAUAAAUGUGUAGCAAAAAUAUUAAAAUUCAAUAAUAAUCGAAAUAUUGACCUGCAUAACUUUUUUGAGCAAGCUUUAAUUGAAAAACUCAAAGGGGACAAUCAUGCAAUACGGUUGUACUGCUGCCAUCUAUUAACACUUGUAGCUGGAAACUUUAACGAUAAAGAUGUCCAAAGUUUAGCAGAAAACUUGGAAGAAAUAUUCGUGAUAAACGUGUCAGACAACAAAGAAAAUGUUCUAAAAGAUGAAUUAAUUAACAGAACGUCAACUAUCUUACAUUGUUACUAUGUUUUGGCGACGACUAGAACAUCUUCUAUACACGACAUUGUUAUAAAAGUACUUUCAUUUCAAAAUGAAAAAGCAAUGGAUAAAAGUAUGACUAAGAAAAUGUUAAACUUGCUAACUCAAAAAGUAACAUAUAGUCAAAUCAAUGCGUACAUGAAUAUGAACAUUUUACGAGUUUUGGAUUUUUGGUGUAAAAGAUAUAAAAGUUUUGAUAAUUUGCCGAUAGAUUUGUUCGGUUUUGAGAAUGCUGAUGAUUUUCUUGAAAAGCAUAUGAAAUGGCUCAUCACCACUGACGUAUUGUGGCGACAUAACGGCAUUGUGGAGAACAGCGAUGUUUUCAAACAGUUCAAAAAUCGUAAUAGAAAAUCUAACGAAGAUCUUAUAGAAGUACGUAAGCCAAACAUUAUGUGUUUCUGCAAUAUGAUAUCAUUGUGUUUACCUCACGUAGUAAUCGAUAAAUAUAAGCUGACAAAAGAGAAGCACUUUAGUAGUAAAAUUACAGAGAGUGCGCAAAGAAUGUUUCAUUCGACGAGACUCAUUUUGAAAAAUGAGAGGUGGAGUAAUUUGUUUGUCGAGAAUUUGCGAGAAUUGCUGCUUUUAAUUGUGACGUAUACGAGCGAUCAUGUUGGUGCUUCCGAACAAUUUCACAUACGCUUCACUCAUAAACCUGAUACAUAUACAUACUCCAAAUGUGUUUUUUCCGCCAUUUUAAAAUUUGUCGGGGAGCUAAUCGAUGGGAAUAUAAUGCAAUAUUUAUGCGAGAAUCAACCAUUGUUUAUUUUCAAUACUCUUUUUAGGUUGUGGAAUAAUGUGUUACGUGAAAAAGUUUUUGAUUUCAAGGUUUUGGUAUUUCAUGCGUACACAUCGUUUGUCGAUCAUAUUCCUUUAGGGUACUCGUCUGAUGCAAUGUUAUGCAACUAUUUAUGUAAUAGUCUCGCUAAUGCAAUAAAAGAUUCGCAAAAUAAGGGGGAAGUCAAAAUAUUUGCAGAAGGACUACAACUAGUAGUUAGGAAAAUUCUUACUCAGACACCAAAUAAUGUUGAGAAUAUUCAACGACUUACACUAUCCAAAGUGAUUUCCAUUCUCAAUAUAAAGAUUGAAAGAGGUUUUACUGAAUGUGAACCUUUACUGAAAUAUGUAACAACGGAUCUGAAACAGUAUUUCACUGAGAGCGUAGACAUAGUUGAUUACAUAAACUUAAUAUCCGAUGAUGUGAAUAUUACUUCUAAUUCAUCCAAACUACAAUUUUUAAACGAACUUAAAACAUAUUUAUUGAGUUUAUCAAACGCAAGCGGAAACACCUUAUCUAAAAUGUACCAAUUUUUGAAACACAACAAAGGAUUUGUAAAUGAACUUUAUACAGGCUUAAAUCCGAAAGGAUUCUCAGAAGACUGUGAAGAUAGUUUAAUACACAAAGUUGUUUUUGCAUUAACAAACUUAUUGAGAAAUGAAACUGAUGAAAAGAUAAUCGUGGAAGCAUGUAAUUGUUUAGCGGAAAUUGGUGCUUACGAUAUGAAAACUCUAGUGACCGUCUCGCCUGCAGAUACAAGACUAAUAAGAGAUUUAAAUCCAAAACAAUAUUUCGCUACAUCAGUCUUAUUAUCUCUAACUCAGCAUCUUUUUGAUGAAGACCCAAAUGUUAGUAAUAAUAUUACGAAGGCUUUGAAUCAACUUUUUAAGUUCCGUGAUGGUAAAGAAGCACUGGAUAAAGCGAACUUCGAUAAGGCAAUAUUGAAAUCACUAAUGUCAACAGAUUGCGAAAACUACGCCGAGUACAAAAUCGAUAAUGCUAAGUUUGAUAAAUAUAAUGCCAUUGAAUAUUGGGUACCUUAUGAAAAGGAAGGGCAUACAGAGUGGAUCACUCGAAUAACUUUGGCCUUGUUGGAUAUGAUCACGUCUUCUACUAAUUAUUUGAAGCCUUUAAGUGCGGUUUGCUCAGCCAAGCCCCAGUUUGCUCGAAACAUUAUGCCAGCUGUAUUUGGAUUAAUAGUUUAUUAUUCGAAAGAUAUACACACAGAUGUUUUCGGAGAACAAUUGAACCAUGUUUUUAAAUACAUGUGGGAUUUGAGUUAUGAUUCAAAUUUCGAAAGCAGCAUGGUCAGUAGUGUUUGUAAAAAAUCGUCGAAAUUGGAAAGCGAUUACAAGAUUAUAAUCGAAUAUUUGCUAGAUGUAGUAAAUUUUAUACGAAUACAACAGAAGCAAUACAAAACGACAAGCAAGCGCCGCGCGCCGAGCACGACCGCGUGCGCGCCAUCUUCAGACAGGUAUCUCUUCACUUCAUCUGGAGGGCCGGCACAGCUGGCAGUGUCUUGCCAAGAAUCUGGAGCUGCCCGACUGAGAACGUACCCGAACCGUACAGACGAUCACGGCGACAGACCACUGCUGUCGAGCGGUGUCGUGUUUUGGCGAUGUUAUGUGGAGAUAGGAGAAAUGGAUGCUGUAGACGGCUGUGGUAUCGCUCACUUGACGAGUGAUCAGGAAAAACGCAAACAUCUAAUUAAUACAGGACAAUUUACCGAUGCAUUACUAUUGUAUGACAUCGCCCUGUCGCGGGGAACGAACGACGAGCUUGUGUACGGUACCGUCUCUUCCUUGCAUAAGUCUGGAAUGCAUCAUCUUGCAUUACAGUACAUUAAGUCUUACCCUGAAAAUGAUAAACUCGACGACAUUAAAUACGAUUGUCUCUCCUACCUCGGAGAUUGGUCUAAUUUUGUCGACACUGCUGAGCUUGAAGAGAAAUCCAAAAUAGGCAUUUAUGAUCAGGAUUCAGUCAUUAAAGCUAUGCGUUACGCUUGUCUCAAGGAUUGUAUUAAUAUCCAAACUUCAGCGGAAGUCACCUAUAAACUGCAGUUACCUCUUAAUAGAGCCAAAUUAGCUGUAGCGAGACUUUGUCAGAGUUUAAAUAUGGAGAAUUGUCAAAAUCUUUACAAAAUUAUCGCAAAUUUACAUCUAUUCCGCGAUAUCGAGUCUUAUUUUUUAGUAAGAUGUGACAAAAAACCAUUGUCUGAAUUAAUUGAGGAGUGGGGACUCGAGAAAAUCCCUAUUUUUAACGAUUUUAAACAUCUUGAAGCAAUUGUUUCUCAAAGAAGUUUGAUACUUGAGCAAAUUGCAAAAGUUGACUCAACGAAUUACUUGCAGAUUAAUAACUUACAAUUGCAAUAUGCGGAAUUGGGGUUGACAAAUAAUAGAAUACAAAUGGCUCAGCGUAUUGUAGCAACGGUAAAGAACCUCGAAACCUCUAAGAGGGUAGCCCUUUUAGAAAGUCAAGUGUCGUGGGCUAAGGACCACAAAGACAUUGCUUUAUCUUUGCUUCACAGUAUUAUAACACAAGAUUCUGAUGACGUUAAGCUUUCUGCAAUGUCUUUAAGACAAUAUGGUCUUUGGAUGGCAGAAUCUAAGCGUGAAACAGCGCGUGACAUAAUACACAAAUAUUUGGAGAAGAGUCUUAAAGAACUAAGUUCCAACGAUGACGAAGAUACUCGCUUAAAAGUUUAUUAUGAUAUUGCGAAAUUCGCUGACGCCGAAUAUAAACAGGUAGUUUCGUAUAUGAAAUCAUCUGUAUUCGAAAAUAAAGUGAAAUGUGUGGAAAAUAUGAAAGGAACUGCGGCGUCGUUGAAAACUUCGCAGCAAUCUUUUGCUAGGCGUGAAGAGAGAGCGGUUAUUCAAGCCAAAUAUCGCGUUAAUAAUGUCUUUGGAGAGCUGGACGAAGCAGAAAUUAUCAACACAAAGGCAGAAAAAGAAAGUUUUCUAAAGUUAGCUAUGAGGUAUUAUUUAUUAUCUCUAAAACAGAGCGAUGAAAAUAAUUUGUCCAUCUUUCGGGUUAUUUCACUAUGGCUAGACAACCCUGAUCUUGACUUUGCGGAUGAAGAGCACGGGAGCUUUGGACAUUUGCUCCGAGAGAUACCAUCCUGGAAGUUCAUCACCGUAUUACCGCAGUUGGCGCCGCGGAUCUCUAAAGAAAAUACCGCGUUUGCUGAAUAUUUGCGACAAAUUAUGAAAAGGUGUGCGACCGAUCACCCUCACCACACGCUGCCGCUUCUGUUCAGUUUGAAAAACUCAGAAAAGGAUAAAUGCUUCGGCGAGGCGAGCGAGGCGGGUGCGGCGGCCGAGAUGUCCGGGGCGGCGGCAGAACCGGGCGGGGCGGCGGCCGCCUCGCUCUUACACGAGCUGGCGCGGCGCCGGCCUCUAGCGCGUGGCGUAGCGCAGACCGAGAACCUCUGCGACGCUAUAAUAAGUUUCGCUUAUUAUGUCCCACCGUCGAAGGACUUGAAACCGCAAGCAGUACCAAAAGCACAAGCGAUUGCCAAACUUCGGGAUCUAAAUGACAUUUCUAUCCCCACUGAUACGAUCCCUGUUCGAAGUGACUGUGAUUAUUCGCGCUUCAAUUCAAUAAUAUCAUUUGAUAAUGUGUUUGAGCUAGUCGGUGGUAUUAAUUACCCUAAAAAGAUAUCUUGCUUAAGUUCUGAUGGGAAGAAGAGAAUUCUACUUAUAAAGGGGAAGGACGAUUUAAGACAAGAUGCAGUAAUGCAGCAAGUCUUUAGUAUUGUUAACACGUUACUCGAGAAUAGCCCUGUCACCAAACGGAACAAACUUUCAAUCAGAACAUACAAGGUAGUUCCAAUGUCGCGGCGGUCAGGUGUGUUGCAGUGGUGCGAAGGAACAAUACCUUUGGGAGUAUAUCUGGUCGCUGCACACAUGAAAUAUCAUCCUCAAGAUAUCACGGUAUCGGAGGCACGCGCGAAACUUAAGGACUGUCAUGAACAAAGAAAAUCCAAUAAGUAUAAGUUAAACGUUUUUAAAGAAAUAAUGAAAGUGUUCAAACCAGUGUUUCAUUACUUCUUUAUUGAACAUUACCUCGAUCCUGUGACCUGGUAUGAGCGUCGGCUCGCGUACACUAGAAGUGUUGCAACAACCUCCAUGGUAGGGUACAUAAUGGGCCUGGGUGAUAGACAUGUCCAAAAUAUUUUAAUAGAUAAGACAACAGCGGAAUUAAUUCAUAUUGACUUCGGUAUUGCAUUUGAUCAAGGGAAAACGUUACCAACACCAGAAACCGUACCAUUCCGUUUAACACAAGACAUUGUCGCUGGGUUUGGUUCAAGUGGUGUAGAAGGCACUUUUAGGAAAUGUUGCGAAAAAACGUUACAAUUGUUACGAGAUAAUCAAGAUACUCUGCUGACUAUAUUGGAGGUUUUGUUGUGUGAUCCCUUAUAUCUAUGGAUUAUACCAACAACUCCCAAUACGAAGAGUUCCAGCUCACAGGGCGCGCCGGCGGGGCUGGCGGCGCGCGCGCUGCUGGCCGUGAGCAGCAAGCUGUGCGGCGCGGAGGGCGCGGCGGGCGCGGGGCGCGUGUCGGUGCCGGGCCACGUGGCGCGCCUGCUGCGCGCCGCCGCCGACCCCGCCAACCUGGCGCUGCUGUUCCCCGGCUGGCAGCCCUACCUGUGAGCCCUGCCCGACAUCAUUUGUCUAAUAUAUUCUUUAAUAAAUGUUUCAUUUUUAUA